UGGUGGGGUUCGGUACCUCCAACAAGGUUAAGAACCAAAAGCUUUUUGUAAGUAAAAAGUAUCUUAAACCAUUAAUAGCCUCACUUUACAUUAACUUUUUUAAAUCUAUCCCUUGUUUGUUGUUGUAUUCUUGUUACUUUUUACUCCUAGGUAAGUUGUUUUAUUUUUUUUUACCUAACACCAAUAAAACAUACAAACAUCACAAAACAUGACGUAGCAGAAGCUCCGCCUGAAAAAAAUAAAAUGCCUGUCCGGGAAAUGACGUCAUCUUCGCGCAAGCGCAGACCGAUCAUGUCUUCCGGUACCUAUCUUGUCGACGUGUAGUGACAAGCAGGACGCUGACAAGUCAGUCUUAUUAUUUGUUCUCCACUUUGUAAAUAUUUAUUUCGUAUAAAAUACUUAUUUGAUUCUUUAUUUAAGGAUACAAUUGUCUUGGUGCACGAGUAGCUUAGCGCGCUAGUUAGCUUCGCUCGUUAGUUAGCUUAGCUUGUUAGCUGCUAACAGAAGACAGAAGUUAUCAACACAUCGCUAAGUAGAGAUCAAGUGUGAGAGUAAAGUGUUGUGAUUGUGUGAAAAUGUCUACAUUACAAAUGUUGAGAGCGUUGGUGGAUCAGCGACUAACUGCUGCCGUCGAGGAAAUAUUUGUAGCGUUAGAAAGAACGAUAGCAGAAUACAAGGCGGAACUUUCUAGAACGAAAGAGGAGAACUAUCAACUACUGGACGCUGUUUUCAAGAAACAUCAAGUUGUGUUACACAGAACAGAUCAUCUUCUCCAUGAGCCAGAAGAGGAACCACAGCCCCCCCACAUUAAAGAGGCAGAAGUGGUACCACAACUCCAACACGUUAAAGAGGAAGAGGAGGAGCCACGGCCCUCCCAUAUUAAAGACGAAGCAGCAGAACACAGCAUCAGUCAGGAGGGAGAACAUAUUGACGGACGGGUGGAGUUCCCAGUGACUGGUGUCCCUGUGAAGAGUGAAGAUGGUGAGGUCAAAGGUGAAAGUGAGGAGAAGAGAGAGGCGGAGCCUCCAAGCAGCAGCUCAACACAACACAUGACAACAGAAGCUGAUGGAGACCACUGUGGAGGAUCACAAGCAGACCAGCUCUUAGCUCCACUAUCAGAUAGUGAGGACACAACGUCACACUCUCCUGACACUGAUGAUGAAGACUCUACAGAUGAUAAGACAUGUCACACUGACAACACUCACUUGAAAAGUUUUGGCCUCAAAAAGUCUCUAAAUAGACGCAUAAAAAAUCACACUGGAGAGAAAUAUUUUCCAUGCUCAGCGUGCGGUAAAAGAUUCUGUAUAAAAGAAGACCUGAUAAAACAUGCAAGAAUACAUACUCAAGAGAAACCUUUUUCCUGUUCAGUGUGUGGAGCAGCUUUUGUUAGAAAGGGCAGUUUAAAAACCCACAUGAGAAUACACGCUGCAGAGAAACCUUUUUUGUGUUCCAUGUGUGAUUCAGGUUUUGCUCAAAGGCAAAAUUUGAAAAACCACAUGAGAACACACACUGGAGAAAAACCUUUCUCAUGUCCUGUGUGUAAGUCAAGUUUUAUACAAAGUCAAAACUUGAAAAAACACAUGACAGUGCACACAGGCGAGAAACCUUUUUCCUGUUCAAUCUGUGGUGUAUGUUUUUCAAGGAAAGAAACUUUGACUAUUCACAUGAGAAGACACACAGGAGAAAAACCUUUUUCAUGUUCUGUGUGUGACUCAAGUUUUGUACGAAGUCAUGAGUUGAAUAUCCACAUGCGAAUACACACUGUAGAAAAACCUUUUUCCUGUUCAAUCUGUGGCGUAGGUUUUAAAAGAGGGUACAGUUUGAUAGAACACACAAGAACACACACUGGAGAAAAACCUUUUUCGUGUUCAGUGUGCGAUUCAAGAUUUGGUCAAAAUCGGGGUUUGAAAAAACACAUGGAAAUUCACGCUAGGGAAAAAGUGUUGAGUUGCAAUGUGUGUGAUGAAAGAUUCUCUUAUAAAUACCAACUUAACAAACACAAGUGUGCUGGUGAGAACAGCAGCAGUAAUAUAGGAAAGUGCUCCGCAGUACUCCACCGGGCCGAAUCUCCCAGUCGUAAAGAAUCCUUCAAAAGAAGGCUGAAUCCAAACACAUAAAUCUAGUCACUUGUUCCUUAGCCCAUUUCUGACAUGUCCUGAAAGGUUCAAUGAAAUCCGACUAAAUUUUUUCUGUUUUGUUGUUAACUACCUGACGAUUAUACAAACCACAAAUCACUUGUAAUUACUUUUCAAUUACUUCAGUAGCAAACAUUUAUAUAUGUUUCUUAGUUACACAUCCUGGAAAACAACAUCCACACAACAGUUUAUAUUUAUUAUUAAUUCUUACUAAUAUUUUGAGUUGUGUACUAACACAUCAAUUUGUACUUCUGCUAAUAUUUAAGAAGUGAUGAUGAUGUUAUGGUUCAGUGUGCCCCUUCACAGGCUUGCUGUCUUCAGUUGUCCUACUACUUGUACUUGUACACUGUACAGUUUAAUUAUGGACAACUUUUGUACAAUAGAUCUUUUUUUGUACUAGCUAUUUUGAAACCAGUGCUGUAUCCUUUGCAUACGACUUUGUAGAAUACAAUUUCUGUUUUUCAUGACUAAUGGUCGAAUUAAUUCAGCUGUUUGGUGCCGUGACCCGGAUUGGCUGACACCGAGUUCUUGAAAUGUGUUAUUUUCAAAUGUCUUUAUUGAAAUAGAAGAUUUUUUUUCGAGUUGAGUCAAUAUUUUAUUAUUUAAUGAAACAUUUAAAAAGUCUGGGUUUACCGCUAAUUGAUCAUGGCGCACCGCCACGGCAAAAUUAAAGCCCCCACACCUUAAAAAUAAGUGUUGUUUUUUUUUCACGUGAAAAUAAAUAAAUGUAAUAUCAUGUAAAGUUGGUUAUGUUACUAACAAACUACCUGACGACUGAACAAAUCCCAAAUUACACUUUGUUACUUUUCAAUUACUUCAAUAGCAAACAUGAAUAAUCAGACCAGUUAAUGACAAAUGGUCUGAUUCUUUUUUUGAUUGAUUGAUUGAGACUUUUAUUAGUAGGUUGCACAGCGAAGUACAUAUUCCGUACAAUUGACCACUAAAUGGUAACACCCGAAUAAGUUUUUCAACUUGUUUAAGUCGGGGUCCACUUAAAUUGAUUCAUGAUACUGAUAUAUACUAUCAGAUAUAUACUAUCAUCAUAUACAGUCAUCACACAAGAUAAUCACAUUGAAUUAUUUACAAUCAGGGGUGUGAGGGGGGGUAGGAUAUGGACAGCAACUAGUAGACAUAGAGAGAGAGAGAGAGAGAGAGAGAGAGAGAUCAGAAGGCAUAAGAAAAAGUAUCUGCAUUUGAUUGUUUACAUUUGAUUAUUAACAAUCCGGGGAGGGUGUUAGUUUAGGGUUGUAGCUGCCUGUAGGUGAACUUUUAUUGCGGUUUUGAAGGAGGAUAGAGAUGCCCUUUCUUUUAUACCUGUUGGGAGCGCAUUCCACAUUGUUGUGGCAUAGAAAGAGAAUGAGUUAAGACCUUUGUUAGUUCGGAAUCUGGGUUUAACGUGGUUAGUGGAGCUCCCCCUGGUGUUGUGGUUAUGGCGGUCAUUUACGUUAAGGAAGUAGUUUGACAUGUACUUCGGUAUCAGGGAGGUGUAGCGGAUUUUAUAGACUAGAGAUGAGAUGUUUAACAACAAAAACAAGUCUAUUCUUCCAAUUGGUCAAUUGGUUCACCCGUCUGAUUAGCAAUCUGGGCACACCUGUUCCGCGUUACCAAUCGGGCUUUUUAUGCCAGCCCUGGAAAAACAUUGUUUUGUUCAAAUUAGUAGAGGCAAUUUGAACAUUUAUUUGUGUGUGUUUGCAGGGGCUGGGGGCUCACACCAGCAACCCUCCCUAAUCCUGGUGGUGGCUUUUCUCACAAGUCAUUUGCUUAGAAUCAGCGGUGAUGUUGGGUUAGUGUCUCCAUGGUUGUCCUGCCGCCGUGGUGAGCCCAGCCCUGAAUUAUUUCUUGCCUGCACUUGUGUUUAUUUCCAACCGUCUAUUCCAGCUACAUUUUAGAGUAAAAAAACAAUUGAAUAAAUGUAUAUUUGUGUUUUUGGAAUCACGUCUCUGCCCUGUGUUAAUAAAAAUGUGUGUCUUUCAGUUAAUGA